UUGCUUCGAUCCUGAGACAUAUUAGGAAUUCAUCCGUGAUUAUGGAUUGUAAUAUGAUCGCUUGCGGUUUCUCUUUCCUCCUGCUUUUUCUGCAUGGCGCAUAUGCAGAUCUGAGCUAUUCGUUUCCGGAGGAGAUGAAACGAGGAUCAGUUAUUGGAAAUAUGGCCAAGGAUCUCGGGCUGCAGACGAGCGCACUGUCUAACAGAAGAGCCCGUAUCGACACCGAUGAAACUGAUAAACGUUACUGUGACAUAAACCUGAAUAACGGAGAGUUGAUUGUUGCCGACAGGAUUGAUCGAGAGGGGCUCUGUGGAGAAAAGGCUUCGUGCAUCCUAAAACACGAGCUGGUGCUGGAGAAUCCUCUCGAGCUCCAUCGGAUCAGUCUGCACGUUCAAGAUAUUAAUGAUAACUCGCCUCAGUUUAAGGAAGAAUUGAUAAAUAUAGAAAUCCGAGAGUCGGCAGUCAGGGGAGCUCGUUUUGUGAUCGAGGAGGCACACGAUGCGGAUGUAGGACAGAAUUCAGUUCAGCAGUACAGCCUUAAGAAGAAUGAUAAUUUCAUUUUGGCUGCUGAUGGAAACACAAUAGAGCUUGUUCUGGAUAAAGAGCUCGAUCGAGAAAAACAGCAAGAGCUCAAUUUGCUUCUUACAGCUCUAGAUGGUGGCUCUCCUCAGAGAUCAGGUACUGUAGUCAUACACGUCACUGUGCUGGAUGCUAAUGAUAACGCCCCAGUGUUCAGCCAGGCCGUUUAUAAAGCCAGUCUGCCUGAAAAUUCUCCUGUAGAUACUAUAGUGGUCACAGUGAGCGCUACUGAUGCAGACGAGGGAGUCAAUGGAGACGUGACUUAUGAAUUCGGACAUGUUACAGAAGAUGUGAAGAAGAUAUUUAGUAUUGACCGUAAGGUGGGGGAUAUACGUGUUAUUGGCUCUGUUGACUAUGAAGCCACCACUUCAUUUGAAAUACGUCUUAAAGCAAAAGAUGGAUUAGGGCUGUCAUCUUAUGCUAAAGCAAUAAUUUCUGUCACUGAUGUGAAUGACAACGCUCCUGUAGUAGAUUUGAAAUCACUGACUAACCCCAUACCUGAGGACAUCCCACCUGGUACAGAGGUGGGCAUCAUUAACGUGCAGGAUAGAGACUCUGAGAAUAACAGACAGGUCCGCUGCUCCAUUCAGCAAAACGCCCCUUUUAAGUUGGUUCCUUCUAUUAAAAACUAUUAUUCUCUGGUGACCACAGGACAACUGGACCGUGAAGUAGUGUCUGAUUACAACAUUACAAUCACUGCCAGUGACGAGGGCUCUCCACCUCUGUCCUCCUCUAAAAGUGUUGAGUUAUCUGUAGCAGACAUCAACGACAACCCACCUGUGUUUGAGGAACAGUCGUACAGCGCAUAUGUGAGUGAAAAUAACAAACCUGGCUCCACUUUAUGUUCCGUUAGUGCUCGAGACCCCGACUGGAGACAAAACGGUACAGUGAUUUAUUCUCUGUUACCCGGUGAGGUGAACGGUGCCCCGGUGUCGUCCUAUGUGUCUGUUAACGGAGACACGGGGGUGAUCCACGCUGUGAGGUCGUUUGAUUAUGAACAGUUCAGGAGCUUUAAAGUCCACGUGAUGGGCAGAGACAACGGUUCUCCUCCGCUGAGCAGCAACGUGACCGUCAGUGUGUUCAUAUCGGAUGUGAAUGACAACUCUCCUCAGAUACUGUACCCCGGGCCGGAGGGCAACUCCUUCAUGACCGAGCUGGUCCCCAAAGCUGCACACGGAGGCUCUCUGGUGUCCAAAGUGAUAGCGGUGGACGCGGACUCCGGACAGAACGCCUGGCUGUCCUAUGAUAUAGUGAAAUCCACAGAUCCGGGCCUUUUCACUAUUGGUGUCCACAGCGGAGAGAUCAGGACACAGCGGGACAUUUCCGAGUCUGACAGCAUGAAACAGAACCUGAUUGUGUCAGUGAAAGAUAACGGACAGCCCUCUCUGUCUGCCACCUGUUCCAUGUAUUUACUGAUUUCUGAUAACUUGGCUGAGGUGCCAGAACUGAAGGACAUUUCUUAUGAUGAGAAGAAUUCCAAACUGACGUCUUAUCUGAUCAUCGCGCUGGUGUCUGUGUCGACGUUUUUCCUGACCUUCAUCAUCAUCAUCCUGGGUGUGAGGUUUUGUCGCAGGAGAAAGCCCAGACUGUUGUUUGAUGGAGCAGUUGCCAUCCCCAGCGCUUAUCUCCCUCCUAAUUACGCAGAUGUUGACGGCACAGGAACUUUACGCAGCACUUACAAUUAUGACGCCUACCUGACAACAGGUUCAAGAACCAGUGACUUUAAGUUCGUGUCAUCUUACAAUGACAACACACUGCCUGCUGACCAGACUCUGAGGAAAAGUCCAUCAGACUUUGCUGAUGCGUUUGAAGACUGUGAUGCUUCACCUGAGGUAGGAACAUCAAACAAAUCCGAUCAAUUUGUGACUGGAAGUGUGACGUUGAUAUUGAUACGCUCACCUCUUUUAGAUUCAUCAGUUCAUCAUUAG